AUGGUACCCCGCAGGGAUGUCAAAUUAGCACGGUACGAGUUCGCUCAGUGUCGUCAAGAGCCAGCCAAUGAAAACGGCGAAUCGGAGAGCAUGACGAACUGUAUCAACAAAGCACGUGGACUCGCGAAAGAAUGCAACUUUGGAAACCUGGAGGACGAGAUGUUACGCGAUAAGAUUAUCACAGGACUGCUUGACAUAAAUCUCAAGAAACAGUUCCUGAAACAGCAAAAUCUGACGUCGGAAAUGGUCAUCUCACAGUGCCAAAUGGAAGAAGCAACGCAAGUGGAUUUGGUGCGAAACAAUUGGCUUCAACCUGGACCGUCAGCACAGACAAUAAAUAAAUUGACUGGCAGCAAGCAAGUUUCGACGAGAAAAUGCUCUUUCUGUGGUAGAGGAUACCAUAAAAAACUAUCGGAAUGUCCAGCUCGCGGUGCAACAUGUAAUCACUGUAAACAGAAGAACCACUAUGCAGCAGUUUGCCGGUAG